UGGUCUGUGCUUUAGCCUUCAGAAAACCCAAAACGACCUACCCGAAAAAGCUAUCAUAUCUCUCUCUCUCUCUCUCUAACUCGCUUCACAUUUUUUUUUUUUUUCCUGUGCCUUGACGACGGCGUUUAGUUCGCCGGUGAACUCGAGUUCGUCGCCGGAAUGGAGAGUCCGGCCGUGGAUCGUUUCCAGAAUUGCGGGAAUGAUGAUAUCACGUUUUCUUGUAAUGGCGUACUUCGCUAGCUCUAACCGUAUCCGCAAACCCUAAGCAAAAGCCAACUUCUUCUUUUUAUUUUUAUUUUUAUUUUUUAUUUUUCUCUUGCUUAGCAGAGUUUCGAAGUUAUUCCAUACUUUGUCUCGCAAAUCGGAAGCAAACACCGAUUAUAAUAAUGACAAUCCGCGAGUUAAAGGUAUCGAUUUCAGCUUAGGGCUCUCGAAUUUUGGUGGAUACAAUUGAUCUUUAGCAAAAUUCUUGGUUUUUGUGUCGAUUUAAUUCGGUGAUUCGAGGAGAAGAGAUGUUAUGGACACUUCGACGAGUCUAAUUGCGUCGAUGUAUUGACCAAUCUUCAUUUUCGAUACCUGUUUUUGAUCGGUUUAUCGGGAUAAACAAUCAAUUUUCAAUUGUUUUGAUAAUUUCAGUUCAAAAUUUUUUUGGAACUCAUAGAUUACAUACUACCAGAGAGAGAGGUUUAGGAAUUUUGUUUGACUGAAAAUUAACUCUUGAUCGAAGUUUGAGCUCUGAAAAUGGAGAAGAAUUGAGAAAUUUGACGAGUCGUUUAAACGAAGACCGUUUUUUUGGUCAUGCCUUUCUCAAUGAAGAUUCAACCGAUCGAUUUCAACACACCACCAGAAGGAUCGGUAGUACCGUACGAGCCAGGAAAGCCGGUGGUGAAGUCGCGGCUGAAGCGGCUGUUUGAGCGGCAGUUCCCUAACGUUCUGAGGACAUCGGUGACGGCGGAAAAAACCGGUGGCGGUGGCGGUGGCGGCGUCGGCGUGGAAGAGCCGUGUGGCAACAAAGAUGGCUCCGGCGAGUUCGACCCGAGCUCCGUCUGCUUGGCGAAGAUGGUUCAGAAUUUCAUCGAAGACAGCAAUGAGAAGCCGGCGGCGUCCGUUCGGUGUGGCCGGCACCGGUGCAAUUGCUUCAACGGAAACCGUACGGAGAGUUCGGAGGACGAAUUGGACUCAUGCAGUUGUUUUGGCGACUCGAAUCUCACCUCAUGUUGUGAUGCAUCUGAAAUUCUCAAGAGCUUGGUCCCAUGUGCGAGUGUUUCUGAGAGAAACCUGUUGGCCGACACAGCAAAAAUCGUUGAGAAAAACAAGAUCUGUAAGCGUAAAGACGAUUAUUGCAGAAGGAUCGUCACCGAUGCUCUCUUAGCUCUCGGAUACGACGCUUCAAUCUGCAAAUCGCGAUGGGAAAAAGCCUCCUCUUAUCCCGCAGGGGAAUAUGAAUACGUGGAUGCGAUUGUGGACGGUGAGAGGUUGAUAAUCGACAUUGAUUUCAGAUCAGAAUUCGAAAUUGCACGAUCGACCAAGACCUACAAAACAAUCCUUCAAAUUCUGCCGUAUAUAUUCGUCGGAAAAUCUGAUCGGCUUCAGAGGAUGGUCUCCAUCGUAUCGGAGGCUGCGAAACAGAGCUUGAAGAAGAAAGGGAUGCACUUUCCACCUUGGAGAAAAGCAGAGUAUGUCAAAGCCAAAUGGCUCUCUCCCUACACCCGAACCACACCAACUCCAACACCAACACCAUCACCAUCGCCGAUUCUUGUUCAUAGUGAUUCGAUCCAAUCCAAUCUCAAAUCUGAGAACAAAGUGCCAUUAAUUCGAACCAAGAAGAGUUCGAGUUCUUCGAGCGAGUCUGAGCUGAAUUUCGGAGAGAAAAGCUCUCCGGUCGAGACCAAUCUUGGCGAUGAUAUGUUUACUCUGUCGGAAAGUUCUAGCGAGGGGGAGAAGUCUCCGGCGGUCAAACAAUGGGAACCACGGGAGAUCAAACCGAAAAGUUCACAAGUUGGAGUCAAGAUUGUCACUGGUUUAGCUUCUGUCAUUGGAGAUGAACCGUAAAAUUUUGAUUUUGAUUUUGAUUUUUUUUCUUUUUCUUUUUCUUUUCUUUGUUUGGUAUCUGAGAAUCGAAUAUGAUAUAUGGUACCCCAUAACGUUUUAACCUGCCCCUUCUCCUUUUUUUUGUAAGGGUCUUUUCUUUACUGAUAUAAUCAAUAAAAGACUUAAGAAAUAGUUUUACAAAUAUUAUAACAAUUGUAGUUCUUGGUUCA